CGAAUUAUGCGUGAAAUAUAAUAUAGAUAGAGAGAUGCGUUUGUAUGUAUGUGCGUAUUCUUCCCUAAUAGUUUACGAGGCAAAUGCCGAUCCAUGAGUUGACAUGUGUGAUGUGGCUCGCUCUUAAAUGCGUUUAAUGAGACCUAAAUAAACACCAAAGAAUCUUAAAAAUUAACCAAUUGCUAAACCGAGCCAAUUAAUUACGGCCGAAACAUCGUUAAAGGAGAAGAGCGCAACCCGAAAAAAAAACGAUCCAGGGAAUUAGAAUACAAAUCAUGAAUUAUCGCUUAUUUUUUGUACUAUAAUUACAUUAGUCUAUAGGAGAUACUUGAAGAUUUUCGCGCGUUGCGUAAUCGGACAGAGCCAGAAGUACUCUUCUUUUUUUUUUUGGUCAAUUUUUAGCUCUCGUUUUGGAAUUGGAAUUGUGUUCAUUCGAUGCGAGUGGAGAGGAGAGGGAGACGAGAUGUUGCAUGUAAAUUUGAAGAUGUGUUAAAACGUUUUAGAGAAGAUUUCCCCCCCGCGCGCGCUUCCCACUUUUGGGUGACCGGGUAAUAAAUAGGAGGAUGGAACAGGGAAGUGGAUCAGAAACGGUCGUGGGCCCCUUGUUCGCACAGCAAGGGUGCCUCUUCGAAGAUGAAGUCCAAGUUCUUAUUAGUGGCGGUGGCGACGGCGGUGCUUCUGGCUUCUGCUGGAGUCGAAGCGAGGGUCAGGAGGCAGAGGCUCAGACCUCAAGCACAGCAAGCAGAAGGAGGAGCAACUCAGUCGCAGCAGGCGGCUUCCGAAUACGACGAGUACGGCAACGAAUACGAGGACUACUACGAGGAAUUGGACGAUAAGAAAGCUACAGUUACUGCAGCUACCCCGGUAGUUCUGAGCGAAAAUCCGACGCCGCAGCCGCCGGAUGAGCGACCCAGGGAUUUCGAUGUCGCCGGUGUUACCGUCGACAGCGUCUACGUUCAACCCGAAGAGGAACAUCAGACGGCCGCGCCCACCAGCAGCGUUGACGUUCGCAUCUUGCCACCGACGACACCAAGUUCUCUGGUGCCGGAAUCUCAUGCAGCUGCGUUCAGCUGCUCCCACGAAGGAAGAUGGUACCAGGAAGGUCAACGCUGGCAAUCCGAUCCAUGCACCAACUGCUCCUGCACCAGCGGACAGGUCAUCUGCACCCAACUACCCAACUGUCCCCCAGUUGUCGUGGAAUCUAUACCCGGACCAAGGGGAACCACUGGAAGUCCCGGUGAUCAAGGUAACCCAGGAAACGCAGGAACUCCAGGCAGCCCAGGCCAUCCCGGUAUUCCCGGUCCACCAGGUCCUCCGGGUCCUGCACCAGAUCUAUCUUUGUACUACCAACAAUUAGCGUUAUCCGAAGCUGGCAACGAUAAAGGUCCAUCCUUCCCGGUGGAGCCUUUCCAAUACUUGCAGGCUCAAGUCGGACCGAUCGGAGCUCGAGGUCCUCCCGGACCACCAGGCAUUUCGGGUCCGCAGGGUUUCCAAGGCGUUCGAGGAGAAUCCGGAGAAUCAGGCCCGACCGGCCCGGCCGGUCCACCAGGUCUCAGAGGCAUGCCCGGACCACCUGGAAAAGACGGCGAACCCGGCGAAGAUGGUGAAGCCGGUCCAGCUGGAGCCGCAGGCCCUGCUGGUCCUAGAGGAUUACCAGGAAUGCCAGGAGUUCCCGGAAUGAAAGGCCACCGCGGUUUCCAAGGAUUGGACGGUGCUAAAGGCGAGCAAGGAGUGGCCGGUGAUAAAGGAGCUGCAGGUAUCCAAGGACACGUCGGACCGACCGGACCCAUGGGACCUUCAGGUCAACGCGGCGAAAGAGGCAGGGAAGGUCCACCUGGACCACCAGGUUUAAGAGGAGUCGAUGGUAUUGCUGGACCACCCGGCGGACCAGGUGCAAUUGGAAAGCCCGGACCUCCAGGAUUCCCCGGAAGUCCAGGCAACAAAGGUGACGCUGGCGCUUUAGGACCUAAGGGAAGUCAAGGUCUGCAAGGACCUCGCGGCGAGAGCGGACGUCCCGGACAGCCAGGAGAGUCCGGUCCACCGGGAAUCUCCGGCAAGGACGGUAUGACCGGAGAGAAAGGAAGCACCGGCACUCAGGGAAUUUCAGGUCCACCGGGAUUCCCCGGCGCCAGAGGUUUGCCAGGUCUUGCUGGAAUCCAGGGCCAAGCGGGAAUCAAAGGACAUCCUGGUGCGCCAGGCGAACGCGGAUUCAAAGGAGAGAGCGGAACUAAAGGAGAAACUGGAUCAAUGGGCCCUAGGGGAUUAACCGGAGCUAUCGGUCCGGAGGGUAAAAGAGGAAAGCGCGGAAUGAGAGGACCGAUUGGUAUUCAGGGAGUUCAGGGAGAGAGAGGACACCCAGGAGCACGCGGUUUGCCUGGUCCGGAUGGUGCGAUGGGACCGAAGGGACAGUCAGGAGAUCGCGGACCGCAAGGGCUUAUCGGUCCUAAAGGUCCACAGGGAGAUAUAGGAAGACCUGGUGCAACGGGAUUGCAGGGCGCUCGCGGUUUGCAGGGACGUUCUGGUCCACCAGGAAAGACCGGUAAUCCGGGAGAAAGAGGUAUUCCAGGAGCGGACGGAAAGCCAGGCGAACCAGGUCCAACAGGUCUUACCGGAUUACCAGGUCCCAUGGGAUUGCAAGGAGACAAAGGCUUAACGGGUGAAGCUGGUAAGGAAGGUGAACCAGGUCUGCCCGGUGCACCAGGACCACGAGGAGAUCCAGGAAAGGAUGGAAUUCCCGGCUUAUCCGGCCCACCCGGUCCACCGGGAAGCGACGGAGAGAGAGGAGCAGCCGGACAACCGGGUCCAAGAGGUUUCCAAGGAUUACCCGGAUCGUCUGGUAAUCCAGGAACUCCGGGCAAGGAUGGAGAACAAGGAGUUCAGGGACCGGUCGGACCUCCAGGUGCGGCUGGAUUGAGAGGAGAACGCGGUUUUCCAGGAGAGAGAGGCCCAUUGGGACAGCCGGGAGGACCAGGUCUUAAAGGAUCAGCUGGUAUUCAAGGAUUGGAUGGAUUACCUGGUCCAUUCGGUCCCAAAGGAGACAAGGGACACGCAGGAACUCCAGGACUUUUGGGUUUGCCAGGUUUGAGGGGACCUCAAGGUAUGCAAGGCGAGAAAGGAGAACGUGGCUCUUUCGGACCUAUCGGUCCAGAAGGACCUCCGGGACGACAAGGUGAGAGAGGUCUGCAAGGACCAGUGGGACCUGUUGGACCACCGGGAGAACCUGCUGAACGCGGAGAUCAAGGAUUACCUGGACCACCAGGCGAGGCUGGAGCACCGGGUAAUCCGGGAGAAAGAGGUCCAUUGGGAUCGCCGGGCGCUCAAGGUUUCCCAGGUUUAGUUGGACCUCCGGGUCUUACCGGACCGAAAGGAGAUCGCGGUUUAACCGGCUCCAAGGGUAUGCAGGGUAAUCCUGGUAUUAUCGGUAAACCAGGUGAGCAAGGUCCAUCUGGAUUGAACGGUUUGCCUGGAUCGAAGGGUGCGAGAGGUGAGACCGGAGCCAGAGGAGAUGCUGGUAUCAUGGGACCACCAGGAAGGCCCGGAGAACAAGGACCAGCAGGUCUGACAGGAAAUUCAGGACCUCAAGGUUUGGCUGGUAUUCCUGGAAUUAAGGGAGCCAGCGGUGAUAUUGGCAGACCGGGUAAUCAAGGCCCGGCUGGACUUCCCGGACCGCAAGGAAUUGAGGGACCUAAAGGAGAUUCCGGCAGUGAAGGACCAAGAGGUAUGACCGGUCCAGCAGGUCCUCAAGGACAGGCGGGAGACAGGGGUAUGCCAGGAUUGCCGGGACCACCGGGAUCCGCAGGAAUGAGGGGUAUGAGAGGCGCCCAAGGAGAGAUUGGCGCGCAGGGCAAACCAGGAAACGAAGGGCCAGCAGGACCGCAAGGUAUUGCCGGACCACCAGGACAAACUGGUCCAGCUGGAGACGCCGGACCGGAAGGCUCACCAGGAAAAGCAGGACCACCUGGAAUUGCAGGAAGAACUGGCGAUAAGGGACCAAUCGGAAAUCCAGGUCCAUCCGGACCAUCGGGACAACCUGGAAUGCCGGGUCCACCGGGUAAUGCAGGUCCAGUCGGUCCAACAGGAGAGAGAGGAAUGCGCGGAGAGACUGGACCGCAAGGUGUUGAAGGUCAACAAGGACAAAGAGGCAAAUCGGGAGCGCCAGGAGUUGAGGGUUCUAAGGGAGAACGCGGCGACAUCGGUGCGAAGGGAUCGAAGGGUCAUCGCGGUUUGAUCGGUCUGCAGGGUAUGCCAGGUGCUCAAGGUUUGACGGGAGAGAAGGGUAUGACCGGAAAUCCGGGAUUAUCAGGAAAAGACGGCGAAGUUGGCCCGCGCGGAUUACCGGGAAGAGACGGCGGUCCAGGUCCUCAAGGACCACCUGGACCUCACGGCAGCCGAGGUUCACCAGGUGAAUCGGGUAGAUCUGGUCUGAUGGGACCGGCCGGUCCUCCUGGACCUCCGGGUCCUCCAGGCGAAGGAAUUGGGUAUGACGCAGCCAGUUUAGCGGCGAUCAUGGCUCAGGGUCAAAUCAACAACCAAAAGGGACCCGAUUCCAUGGGAGACGAACCGAUGCGCUUGUUCGGCAAAGAGAUCACCGACGAAGAGAGGAAGAACUUGGUCAUCAAAGCUUACGAGCAGCUCAAGGCAUCCUUCGAGAAGUUCAAGAAACCGAACGGCGAAAAGUCGUUCCCAGGAAAGACGUGCCGCGACAUCGCCACCGCGUAUCCCCAUUACGAAAGCGGACAAUACUGGAUCGAUCCAAACGAAGGAGACGCUAAAGAUGCUAUUUUGGUCCAUUGCGAUAUGGAAACUAAAGCCAGUUGCAUCCUUCCAAGCCCAGAAAAAUCUCCAACAAUCACUCAUGUAGGAAAAGAACAAGAAAUUUGGCUUGGAGAAAUCGAUGGUGGCAUUAAGAUGACCUACAAGGCGGACAGCACUCAAAUUGGUUUCCUCCAAUUGCUCUCCUCGAAGGCCGAACAGAACAUCACCUAUCAUUGCAAGAACUCCGUCGGUUAUUACGACGUGAACAAGCACACGUACAGAAAGGGACUUAAGUUGAUCCUUUGGAAUGAAGCCGAGGUUACUCCAAAGGGUCCCAACCAGAGGUUAAAAUAUGAAGCUUUAGAAGAUGAAUGCAGAUUCCGAGCUGACACUUGGGCCAAGACGGUCAUUUCGUACAAAACUGAUAAACCAGUCCGAUUGCCCAUCAUCGAUGUCGCCGUCAGAGACGUUGGCGAAGAAAAUCAAGCGUUCUGGCUCCAAAUCGGCGCCGUCUGCUACUCUUAAUCUACUUUAUUCUA